GUCGGUUUCCACAGCAACGCCUAACAACAGAAGAAGAUGGUGUACAUCACAGAGGACAUGGUCCGUCGGAGAGCUGAGCACAACGAGUGUCAGCUCUUCUCCUUGGAGGAAGUUUCUCUGCAUCAGCAGGACAUCGAGAGGAUCGAGCACAUCGACAGGUGGUGCAGGGACCUGAGGAUCCUCUACCUGCAAAACAACCUCAUCCCCAGGAUAGAGAAUCUCAGCCGUCUUAAGAAACUGGAGUAUUUGAAUGUGGCCUUGAACAACAUUGAAGUCCUUGAAAACCUAGAAGGCUGUGAGAGCCUCCAGAAGCUGGACCUGACAGUGAACUUCGUCGGACGUCUGAGCAGCGUGGAGUCUCUGAAACACAACAUCCACCUCAGAGAGCUGUUUCUGGUGGGGAACCCCUGCACCAAGUUUGAGGGCUACAGGCAGUAUGUGGUGGCCUCUCUGCCCCAACUCAAGUGGCUGGACGGGAAGGAGAUCAGCCGGUCAGAGAGGAUUCGAGCCUCUCAGGGACUGGAGGAGGUGGAGAGGCGAAUCUUGGAGCAGGAGAAGGAAUACCUGAGAAUGAGAGCCAAGGAGAAAGAGGAGGUGCAGAGGAAGGCAGGAGUGGAGAAAGGAAACAAGGAGAGGAAGCCAGGCUUUGACGGCCGCUGGUACACUGACAUCAACAACACGGUGUUGGAGGAGAAUAAGGAGAACCAGGAGGUGGAGGAGAACACAGGCCCAAAGGCGACAAGCUCUGACUUAGAUGAAGAGGAACGGGAGAGGGAGUUCUGGUGCACACCGUGUUCAUUCACCCCUGAGUCUCGCCUGGAGGCUCACCGGCACCUGGAGGAGAAGAGGAGGGUGAAGGAGAAGCAGAAGAAAAAGAAGAAACCAAAGACCUCGAGGACGCUGAUCACUGCUGAUGGACGAGUCAUGAACGCCAACGAGCCCAAGUUGGAUUUCUCUCUAACUGAAGAUGAAGAAAACAACACCAUAGUCUUAGACGUGGCCGUGUACAGACACAUGGACACCUCCCUGAUAGACAUAGAUGUUCAGCCAACAUACGCCAGAGUGAGCGUCAAAGGAAAGAUAUUUCAGAUGGUGCUGCCUGCUGAAGUGAAGCCCGACAGCUCCACAGCUCAGAGGUCCCAAACCACGGGACACCUGGUCCUCACCAUGCCAAGGGCUGAAGGUGAAAUCAAAGUGACAAAGACCGUCCCACGUCCACCCGUAGCGUGUCAGAACAGACGCCGCAGCUCGCCCCACAACAAUAAAAGAAGAAAUAAUGUUCCUGAGCGGCUGGAGGUGGAUCCCAGCCAGCACAAGGCUCUCGACCUCGCCAACAUCGUACCACGCCACAGCACCACAGAAGGUCCGCUGGAAACGUCCAGGAUGGCUCCACCUGCCACCUCAGGCCACAGCAGCUUCUCUGAAGGGUUUGUGGACGACCCCGAUGUCCCCCCACUCAUAUAA